AUGCGAGCUGGCGUGCUAGCAGCAGCAGCGAUUUUAACCAAGUGCAUUCUGCUGAAGCAACUUCCAGAUCAAAACGAUAUCACAUGGGCCUGGGCGCCAAUCACUCUGUGGUACUCAGUUGAGAUUUACAUUAUUAUAAUCUAUGCCACACUUCCCACCCUUCGACAAUUCUACCUCUUCACCAUGGGCCAAUCCUACCACAAUAGCAGCUGCGGCAGCACUCGGUCUGGAGGACUCGGUGGUUCUCACGCACGGGAGAGAUCACAUUCCGUUGGGCUGGCGUCGCUGAAGUCGCGACUGAAACCGGGCGGUAAUGCCAUCGCAACUUACCAGCAGGCAUUUCGCCAGGAGAAUAUUUUGCCGGCAAAGACACAGAUCCACAAAGUGACCGAGUUUCAGAUCUCCAGAGAUACACAUGGGAGUAGUCAUGGACUUCAUGAUGGGCCUCACGAAUGA